CCGACCUCGCCCAACCCGAACUCGCCCAGCCCCCACUCGCCCAGCCCCCACUCGCCCAGCCCGACCUCGCCCAGCCCCCACUCGCCCAGCCCCCACUCGCCCAGCCCGACCUCGCCCAGCCCGACCUCGCCCAGCCCCCACUCGCCCAGCCCCCACUCGCCCAGCCCGACCUCGCCCAGCCCGACCUCGCCCAGCCCCCACUCGCCCAGCCCCCACUCGCCCAGCCCGACCUCGCCCAGCCCGACCUCGCCCAGCCCCCACUCGCCCAGCCCCCACUCGCCCAGCCCGACCUCGCCCAGCCCAACCUCGCCCAGCCCCCACUCGCCCCUCGCACAGCCCCCAUCACCCAGCCCCCACUCGCCCAGCCCCCACUCGCCCAGCCCGACCUCGCCCAGCCCGACAUCGCCCAGCCCCCACUCUCCCAGCCCCGACUCGCACAGCCCGACCUCGCCCAGCCCGACCUCGCACAGCCCCCACUCGCACAGCCCGACCUCGCCCAGCCCCCACUCGCCCAGCCCGACCUCGCCCAGCCCGACCUCGCCCAGCCCCCACUCGCCCAGGCCGACCUCGCCCAGCCCCCACUCGCCCAGCCCCCACUCGCAAAGCCCCCACUCGCCCAGCCCGACCUCGCCCAGCCCGAACUCGCCCAGCCCCCACUCGCCCAGCCCCCACUCGCCCAGCCCGACCUCGCCCAGCCCCCAAUCGCCCAGCCCACACUCGCCCAGCCCGACCUCGCCCAGCCCGACCUCGCCCAGCCCCCACUCGCCCAGCCCCCACUCGCCCAGCCCGACCUCACCCAGCCCGACCUCGCCCAGCCCCCACUCGCCCAGCCCCCACUCGCCCAGCCCGACCUCGCCCAGCCCCCACUCGCCCAGCCCCCACUCGCCCAGCCCGACCUCACCCAGCCCGACCUCGCCCAGCCCCCACUCGCCCAGCCCCCACUCGCCCAGCCCGACCUCGCCCAGCCCCCACUCGCCCAGCCCCCACUCGCCCAGCCCGACCUCGCCCAGCCCGAACUCGCCCAGCCCCCACUCGCCCAGCCCGACCUCGCCCCCCCACUCGCCCAGCCCCCACUCGCCCAGCCCGACCUCGCCCAGCCCGACCUCGCCCAGCCCCCACUCGCCCAGCCCCCACUCGCCCAGCCCGACCUCGCCCAGCCCAACCUCGCCCAGCCCCCACUCGCCCAGCCCCCACUCGCCCAGCCCGACCUCGCCCAGCCCCCACUCGCCCAGCCCCCACGCGCCCAGCACCCACUCGCCCAGACCCCACUCGCACAGCCCGACCUCGCCCAGCCCCCACUCGCCCAGCCCGACCUCGCCCAGCCCCCACUCGCCCAGCCCCCACUCGCCCAGCCCGACCUCGCCCAGCCCCCACUCGCCCAGCUCGCCCAGCCCGAACUCGCCCAGCCCCCACUCGCCCAGCCCCCACUCGCCCAGCCCGACCUCGCCCAGCCCCCACUCGCCCAGCCCCCACUCGCCCAGCCCGACCUCGCCCAGCCCGACCUCGCCCAGCCCCCACUCGCCCAGCCCCCACUCGCCCAGCCCGACCUCGCCCAGCCCGACCUCGCCCAGCCCCCACUCGCCCAGCCCCCACUCGCCCAGCCCGACCUCGCCCAGCCCGACCUCGCCCAGCCCCCACUCGCCCAGCCCCCACUCGCCCAGCCCGACCUCGCCCAGCCCAACCUCGCCCAGCCCCCACUCGCCCAGCCCCCACUCGCCCAGCCCGACCUCGCCCAGCCCCCACUCGCCC